CAUGGGCGGAGACUAGACAGAGAAGAUAUCUUAAGGCUCCAGAGAGACAACAGAGACUCAAUCCGAGAGACUACAGAGAGAGACUCAACCAUAGAGAGACUCAACCAGAAACAGCAGUAACCAGACAGAGGAUCAACGAGAGAAACAAGCUUCCAGAGACUAGAUACAAGACAGGAUCCAGAGAGACUAGACAGAGAACAAAGAGAGAGCUGAGUUAUGGAGACACAUCACUGUGAUACAUGUGGGAAGAGCAUUUCCUCAUCCAGUAACCUUAAGAAGCACAUGAGGAUCCACACUGGAGAGAAGCCCUACAGCUGUGACCUCUGUGGUAAAACCUUUAGCCAGGCUGGCACAUUCAGAGUACACUGCAGGAUCCAUACUGGAGAGAAGCCCUACAGCUGUGACCUCUGUGGUAAAACCUUUAAACAGACUGGGGAAUUGACAGUUCACCGCAGAAUGCACACUGGAGAGAAGCCCUACAGCUGUGACCUCUGUGGUCAAACCUUUAGCUGGGCUAGCAGUUUCACAGUUCACCGCAGAAUCCACACUGGAGAGAAGCCCUACAGCUGUGACCUCUGUGGUAAAACCUUUAGCCAGGAUUCCAAUUUGAAAAAUCACCGCAGGAUCCACACUGGAGAAAAGCCCUACAGCUGUGACCUCUGUGGUAAAACCUUUAGCUGUGCUAGCAGUUUCACAGUUCACCGCAGAAUCCACACUGGAGAGAAGCCCUACAGCUGUGACCUCUGUGGUAAAACCUUUAGCUGUGCUAGCAGUUACACAGAUCACCGCAGGAUCCACACUGGGGAGAAGCCCUACAGCUGUGACCUCUGUGGUAAAACCUUUAAACAGACUGGGGAAUUGACAGUUCACCGCAGAAUCCACACUGGAGAAAAGCCCUACAGCUGUGACCUCUGUGGUAAAACCUUUAGCAGUUGUAGCAGUUUCACAGUUCACCGCAGAAUCCACACUGGAGAGAAGUCCUACAGCUGUGACCUCUGUGGUAAAACCUUUAGCCAGGCUUCCAAUUUGAAAAAUCACAGCAGAAUCCACACUGGAGAGAAGCCCUACAGCUGUGACCUCUGUGGUAAAACCUUUAGCCAGGCUGGCACAUUCAGAGUACACUGCAGGAUCCAUACUGGAGAGAAGCCCUACAGCUGUGACCUCUGUAGUCAAACCUUUCGCCAUGCUAGCAGUUACACAGAUCACCGCAGGAUCCACACUGGAGAGAAGUCCUACAGCUGUGACCUCUGUGGUAAAUCCUUUAAACAGACUGGGGCAUUGACAGUUCACCGCAGAAUCCACACUGGAGAGAAGCCCUACAGCUGUGACCUCUGUGGUAAAACCUUUCGCCAUGCUAGCAGUUACACAGAUCACCGCAGGAUCCACACUGGAGAGAAGCCCUACAGCUGUGACCUCUGUGGUAAAACCUUUAGCCAGGCUGGGGAAUUGACAGUUCACCGCAGAAUGCACACUGGAGAAAAGCCCUACAGCUGUGACCUCUGUGGUAAAACCUUUAGCAGUGGUAGCAGUUUCACAGUUCACCGCAGAAUCCACACUGGAGAAAAGCCCUACAGCUGUGACCUCUGUGGUAAAACCUUUAGCAGUGGUAGCAGUUUCACAUAUCACCGCAGAAUCCACACUGGGGAGAAGCCCUACAGCUGUGACCUCUGUGACUAUUCAGGUAAAACAAAUAGCCAUCUGAAGAGUCACCUGCGUGUCCACAAUAGAAAAACCCCAAAGCAGUGAUGUCUGGGGCAAAGCUGUCUUAGCAGUCACCACCUGAGAGCGCUUGCGAAUGACCCACAGCUGGAAGAACUACUGGCCUGCACCGACUGGGACAGCACAUGCAGUAACACCAGAUCUACAGUCCAACAUGACAGGACACAGGGAAGAUACUCUACCCCUGUAACAAUGGAGGGGAAGCUGUGUCAGACUGGGUAGAAUCUUGGUAAACACUGGCUGACACCUUUCAGUUUCGAAGCAAACAUUGGUAAUUUCAUAAGAAACCCAUCAAGGUGCUCAAUUAAUUUCUGGUUGACCUCUUUAUCUCUGCAGCCCUUUAGAGUGUAUGUGUGUUUGACCAAUUAGUUGAGUAAAAUUGGUUGAUUUGUUUAUUGUUUUAAUUACAAGAGCUGUUGAGGGUCAUGCAGGUUGUUCUUGAAACUGUAUCUGUAAUUUAAGGAAUACAAUACUUAGUAGUUCUGAUGAACUCUGAUAAUUGUGUCAAUACUGAAGGAUUGUUAAGGAUUUUACCAUCAUCACCCCAAGACUUUGGAAAGACCUG